UUCAGUGUAAUUGCCCAUCUAGAAAACGGAACGAUGGGCUGGACCUCCAUUAUGUCGCCACGACAGCUGAGCUGUACUUUGACCUUAGUGAGUGUGCAGGAAGCUAGGUAUAUAUGCUUGUUUAGUACUUGGGAAUAUGUAAUGGAUGCUGUCUUUGAUAUGUAUGCAAUGUGUGGAAUAUCGAUGUGAAAGGACCAGCAAUAGAACAGUGAUAAAGAACAUUGGCGUGACCGUGACAGGGAAAGAACAUAAUUGGUUGUCAGAUACUGAGAGAUUCCCUCAUAAGAAAGGUUCCAUAAUGAGGUCAGGUAUGUCCAGACCCACUGGCAAAUCUAUAUAUUUACAAAGAAGGGAGUAUUUAGAGUCCAUGAACAAACAACCAGACAACUUUCAGUACAGAGCGGAGCACUUGUUCACAUGUGAGCUGGAUGGUAAGGAGGUGAAGAACCUGAAUGACUGUGUGGCCAGGUUGAAAAGGCUGGAUGCCAAAGGGCGCCUAUGGGGCCAGGAGAUGAUUCUGGAGGUGCUGGGGGGCUACCUCCAACUCACAGAUAUUGAGACCAAGGCAGAAUUGGAGUCGAUUCCUCUUAUCAGCAUCCAGCAUACCAAUGCCGUGUUGGACAGCUGUGCCUAUAACUCCCUCCUGACAGUCACUGUGAAGGAACGCAACAGACAGGUAUCCCAGGUCUUCAUGUUCCAGUGUGAGGAGGUUGGGGCAGAACACAUCAGGGUUGACCUAGACAAGGCAGUCAAGAAUGGAGGGGCAGACGUUGAACCCCGCAGAGUCCAAAACAACAUCAGGAGCGACCUGGAGAACAUCAUUGGCCAACAGGUUCCUGGUGGUUUCCGCCCACCUGGGCAUCCUCCUCCUUUUGAUAGGCUGCCAGAGAGAACCCCCCCUCGCCCCGCCCCUCAUUGGAACGGCCAGGAUUAUGACGCAGCAACAGAGAUGAUGCCAGCCCCUCCAGCGUACCCCCCUCAGGAGGAGCCUGUCUGUAGCACAGAGGUGUACGGGGGGUCACAGCACAGUCAAGAGGAGCCUUCACUGGCAGACAUAAACAGGAAUGUUGAAAUCUUAAAUCACGUGCUUGGUGAUGUGGAGUUAUUCCUGCAGCAAGUAGUAGCUGCUACAACAAAUAAUGAAAAUAAACAGAAGAAAAAGAAGAAUAAGAAAAAAGCUAAUAAAAAUGCUGACAAUUUGCCCCAUUGGAAGGAAUUGUAUUCCUGUCUGCAGAAAAUAAAGUAUGGAUUUAAUCUUCUGGGGAAAGUGAACGGGUUUAUCGACAAUCCCACUGCUCCUGACUACGUGCACUUCUUCUUUUCUAUCCUGCACACUUUGAUGUCUCCUUACCCUCAAGACCUGCCCCCCACAGUCCUCACCCCCCUGUUGACAGAGCAGGCCCUUUACCUACUCAGCCAGGUGGUUACUCCACAAGAGGACCAGCUCUGGAGGUCCCUGGGAGACAACUGGAACCUCCCCAGGUCCAAACACCCAGAGGGCCGCAUGCUCCCUCCAUACGUACCCCAGUUCAGUGAUGGUUGGGAGCCUCCUUUGCCACCCCAGAGUCUGCCAAUCAGCAGGAGCAACAGCCAUCACGCAAUGAGAGGAGGGCCCUUAGUGCCAAGGCAGGCUGAAGAGGCCAUGAUGAACAAUCCAUGGGCCCCCCCGCCACCAACCCACACAAGGGAGCCGGCUGUCAUGAUGUGUGUGAUAUAUGACUUCAUGGCAAGGAACAACCAGGAGCUGAGUGUCCUGAAAGGAGAAGUGGUCGAGGUGGUGGACAAGUCCAAGCAGUGGUGGAUAAUUCGUAAUGUCUGCAAGGAAGAAGGUUAUGUGCCUCCGAAUAUUCUGGAGCCUGUGGAUGCAGGAAGGCCAGCGGAGGACGACCAGGACAUGCACUCACCACCACCCCUCAACAUGAUAUCCAGACCUGCGGAUGUCAAAGCCUGGUUGGAGUACAAGGGCUUCUCCAAAAUAACGGUGCGCAGCCUGGGAGUUCUGACUGGGCAGCUGCUCCUGGGGAUGUCCAGGGAUGACAUCAGGAUGGCGUGCCCAGAGGAGGGAGGCAGGGUCUUCUUCCAACUCCAGAGCAUCAAGUCUGCCAUCGCGCUUGCCAGUGAAUCUGGGUAUGGUCCUUAUAAUGGUCGCUGAACAGACCAAAACCCUCAAGAAUCAGAGCAAGAUUUCAACGAGACCAAGAACACGUAGAAUCAGUUAGACUUAAGACAAACCACUCUGAAGAAUUAAAACAUAUUUAAACUUUAAAUUAUUCUUGUUUAGUUCAGUGUUUGUGGAUAUCAAAUUUGAUUUUGUUAUUAAAUUGAUAUGCUCUAUAGGGUGAUAUCAGUGAAGUGUUGCUUCACCUUCACCUUAUCAAGCUUGCUUUAUAAUCUUAAUAAAACCUAGACUGUAACUUCAGUAACUUUACAGAAAUAUAUUUUCAAACUGCCUACUUAUGUAUCCAGGUUAAUAUUUUAAUGUGAC